ACGAGGAGGCUUUUAACUUAUGGAGAGCUAUCCCAGCGAAGCCCAAACCUGAGACUUAAUUCCAGCCAUGUCAGCUAAUGGGAGUUCAGAGUCCAGCUGCAGGUCAGAGGUUAGACCCACCAAUAACACCUGUUUCCAGAAGGAACUGUCUAUCACUGCAUCAGUAAUCUCUAUGACUGUUGGCAUCUUCUCCAACAGCCUUGCUCUGUUCAUUCUGCUGAAAUCCUACAGCAGCAUCCGCACCAAGUCCAGGGCAUCCUUCCUGCUGUUUGCCAGCAGCCUGGUGAUCACAGAUCUGCUGGGUCACCUCAUUAAUGGAUCCCUGGUGCUUUUUGUGUACAGUGCUGAAAAGAAAUGGGAGAAUUUUGAUCCUUAUCAAAUCAUAUGCACCAUCUUUGGGGCAUGUAUGGUGUUCUUUGGCUUGAGCCCCUUGUUCCUGGGAAGUGCUAUGGCUGUGGAGCGCUGCAUUGGAGUCACUAAGCCUAUCUUCCACUCCACAGUGUUGGCCUCACACCACAUGAAAAGGCUCCUUGGGGUCACCUGGCUGCUUGCUGCACUGGUGGCUGCGCUGCCUGUAAUGCUGUCGAAGCCCUACAAGGUUCAAAGGUCCAGGAGCUGGUGCUUUUUCCUUAUCGAGCAAACCAAAGACUGGCUGGAUGUGCUCCUGCCGCUGCUAUUUUCAUUGCUGGGGCUGCUGGCACUGCUGAUCUCCAUUGCCUGCAACACGCUAACAGGCUGUGUUCUAAUACAGGCCAAACUGCGCCACAAGCAUCACUGCAGAAGCAUGCCUUAUCACAUAGAGAUGAUCUGCCAGCUCCUGGCUAUCAUGCUGGUGUCCUGCAUAUGCUGGGGCCCAUUACUGAUCCAUGUCACCAUUCUGAGUACCAGAGCCACGGAUGAGUCUCCGUCUUUUAGUCUGCUGACUAUACGCAUGGCUACAUGGAACCAGAUCCUGGACCCGUGGGUCUACAUCCUGCUGAGGAAGGCUGUUCUCAGGAAAAUCUUCGUGUUGCUUCACGGCUGUUGUGGCUCGAAAUUUUACACCCUGCAUCGGUGGCAGCGCAGUAUGCUCCACAGCUCAGCGGAGACCAGCAGCUCCAGUGGUUCAUCUGAUUGCCGCUGCCUCGGUAAAACACCUGUGCAUGAUGUUGUCAUCAAAUCCAUCACCUGAACCCUGUCCUGAGUCUUUUAUCUGAGAACGCCAAGGUGCUGAAAAACAAAAGGAAAGAAAAUCAUUUGGAAUACUAGAAGGACAUUUCUAAAGAGCGCUUAUCCUAAGGUCAAUUUUAAAGUGACCCAGGUCUAAAACAAAAUUCCUUUGAUUCUUCCUUUGCAUGCGCUCUUCCUCUUUGCAAAG